AUGGAAGAAACAAGAUCCCCACUCCUCGGCAUUACUGGUUCUGCCAUUUCAGAUGAUCGUUUGGCAACAGGGUGGUAUAGAUCUAAUCUUACAGCCGGUUCGGACAUGACUAAAGACUGUCCACUUCUUAUGCGUUGUGGUACUACGUUUCCCAUAUGGCUGAAUGGAACAAUACCAGCCGUUAGUGAUGGAGAAGUAGAGAGAUCUGUAUGUAAGCUUAGCGUAAGUGGGUCUUGUUGUGACUCAAGUUAUGAUACUAGUAGCUUAACAAUAAAAAUAAAGAACUGUGGAGAUUUCAGAGUUUAUUAUUUAGACACGAGUGGUGUACCAGCAAGCUCUGCGUUCUGCUUUGGUGAUAUUGCGAAAGAAACAACGGCAUCAGAUCAAACAGUUAUUGCGUCAUCAGGUAUGUCUACCUUACAAAGUACAACCAUGACAGACUCUGCAAGUACAAUGUCAGGAUCACAAAAUAUAGUUACUACUACUUCAAAUAAACUGACAACACAAAACUCAACUACAGUAGAAAAAGGAAGCAAAUCAAGUACAUCUGGGAUGAGCCAAUUCAUGUCUACUAGGGUUGGUGUCAAAACCAUUAACAAAACAAUAACAGAGACCACAACAUUAUUGACUUCUGUUGGUGUUGAGAAGACUACGAACACUGAAAGCACAACACUGGUAACAGCUAUUGAUUCUACUGUAAAGUCAAUCACUGGUAACAUAGAUUCCACUGUUUCCUCUACACAGGCAAAUACAACCCUCAAUGACGAAUCAUCUGUACAGAUAGAAACUGUGACUGGUAAUGGCGUGUCAACCAAUAGAAACAAUGAGUUAACAACAACAGUUGCGCAAACAACACUUAUGGGGCGAGAGAUUAUAGGUAACAACGCUUCUUCUACGACAAUGCUUAGAAAUAAUCACAGCACUGCUUUCAACAGAAGAGAUCAAGCAACUAAAACUAUUGUAUCAGUAACAUCGAGUAUAAACAACUUUAAAACGAUUCCAAACAGCGAAGUAACAAACCAUGACACCUUUAAUGGCCAACAAGUUACAACUGAAGAAGUACAUAUGAGUACAGAUAUGGCUACUGUGAAGACUGGCUCUAUUCAAAAUGAUGUAUCUACCAGCACUGAUAUGGGUUUGGUUAUUGUUACCUGUGUUUGUGUGACGCUUGCUGUUAUUUGUGUCAUCGGUAUGAUUGUAUUGUGUUGUUUAUUAAGAAAACGACAAAAUCAGAGAAAAAGCAGUAUGCCUUGGGAACAAAUUAAAAUGGACAAUAUCAAGCAAUAUGACGAAAUACAGCAGAAUCAGGAGUAUGAUUAUAUUGACGAUAUCAAUGUUGGAUCUACUAACGACGCAUCAUUUAAUUCAUUUCGUGGAGUGGAAAAUCGCGAUGAUAGUUCUAGUCAAUAUGUAAGAUAUGUCGAAGAUCCAACUGAAGUAAAACAUGUAAGAUAUGUUGAAGAACAAAGUCAAGAAAAUAGUUAUUACCAUAGUAUGGCUGAUAGUUCUUCACAGAAAACAUCAAGCAAAACGUACGAUUAUAUCGAAGCUGAUACAAGUGAAAAUACAGAACUAUAUCAUCAGAUGAGCUCACCUGCAUUCGAUAUUUCCCACUACACGAACAAAGAAAAAAUAAAAGAAGUCUCUUCAGAAAAUGAUUCUGAACACAAGUACAAUAAUUACCCAAAUAAAACGGUAGAAACCCAGUUUAAGGUCGAAACUGAAGAAAAAUUAACAGCCAACGAUAAGACAAAUGCUGAAUGCUUGCUGAACAAUGGUAAUAUGGUUUAUGAAGAAAGCCAAUAUAUAAUGCCUUUCAUAAAAACACUUAGUUGUACUGAACAGGAUCAUAAAGAUUGAACAACAGAAACUGACAAAAUAACUGAGCUACCGUAUCAAAAUGUUCAAACAAUAAGCCAAUGUAGCUAAGAUAAAUAUGCGUCAAGAAUUUUGAAUAAAUCCUAACAGAAGUCUGACAUAAUGCCACGUGGAAAUUUAUAGAAUUGUGCUAGUCAAGAAUGUUGUUCAAUCAAAAUAAAAAUGUACAUAAUAAAGAGAAUAUUGUAUCAUAUCGCGUUUACU